AUGUAUGGCGGUGGCUCGAAUACCACCAUUGCAUCCAUCUAUGCUUUUUUCCUGACCAUGAUAUCCAGCAGAAGACUCCGACAGUUUGAAGACCGAGGCCAGCUGCCGUACGUCAACGCCGUGGUCAAUCAAGUCUUUCGCUGGCAUCCGGUUGCACCGCUGGCCAUACCACACAAGGUCGACGAACAAAUGAGCUACGGUGGGCUCCGAAUCCCAAAAGGAGCCUGCCUCAUAGCGUCCGUAUGUUGGCUUCCGAACGACCCACAGACGUAUUCAAAUCCCUCUUCGUUUAAUCCUGAACGCCUUCUUGCGCCUCUCAGUGAGCCAGAUCCAACGAAUGCAAAUUUCGGCUUCGGUCGCAGACUCGGUCCCGGCCGCUUCGUAGCUAACCAAACCGUUUUCAUCACCGUCGCUCGCCUCUUGGCUACGUUUAACAUGACGGAUGCCGUAGAUGAAAACGGCAACAAGAUUGUACCACAACGAAUCGGCACCCCUGGCUUGACCAUGCGGCUGCACGACUUUGCUCGCAGCAUCAAGCCUAUUACAGUCAGUAGGAAGUACAGCCUUGUAAAAUCCACAUUGCGUACACCAUGUCUACAUUCUUAA